AUGGAGGCCUUCUUUACAUAUGUACUGCCAAUUGCAGUCCUCUUGAUAUCUCUUUCACUCUUCUUCCUCAAUCGUAAACGCAAUUCUGGUGGUUCAAAACUCCCACCAGGCACAAGUGGAUGGCCAAUGGUUGGCGAAAAUAUGGAGUUCGUCCAGUCAGGCCCUCAAAAAUUUAUAUCGGAGAGAAUGAACAAAUACUCGCCUGAAGUGUUCCAAACGUCGUUGUUGGGAGAGAGAUUGGCGGUGUUUUGUGGAGCUCCAGGAAAUAAGUUUUUGUUCAUGAAUGACAGCAAACUUCUCACCUCAUGGUGGCCACAAUCGAUGAAAAAGGCUUUGCUCUUCCCAUCAUAUGUUGACGGUUCCGUGAAGGAAGUAGGAGCACUUCAACGUAGUUUCCUACAUGAAAUUCUCAAGCCUGAGGCAUUAAAACAUUACAUACCUGUAAUGGACUCCAUGGCACGAGAACAUGUGAAGACUCAAUGGGCUCCUUUUAAAGAAGUGAAGGUCUUCCCUUUGUCGAAAAAUUACACUUUUGCACUGGCAUGUAAACUGUUUAUGAGCAUAGAAGACCCUGAACAUGUGAAAAGAUUGGCUGAUCCUUUCAUUCUUGUCACGUCUGGGAUGUUCUCAGUUCCUAUUGACUUGCCUGGCAUGGCUUAUAAUCGUGCUAUCAAGGGGGGCAAAAUAGUUCGCGAGGAGCUUCUAAAGAUCAUCACAAAGAGGAGAAAGGAACUAAUGGAAAAGAAGGAGACAGCAAAUCAAGACCUAUUGUCUCGAAUGCUGCUAGUAACAGAUGAAAAUGGUCAAUUCAUGAAUGAAAUGGAGAUUUCUAAUAACAUCAUUGGUUUACUUGUUGCAAGCUAUGAAACAACUAGUACUUCAGUCACCUUUGUCUUGAAGUAUCUGGCAGAGCUUCCACACAUUUACAGAGAGGUUCUUAAAGAACAAAUGGAGAUUGCAAAGUUCAAAGGUCCAGAUGAACUGCUGACUUGGGAAGAUAUUCAGAAGAUGAAAUAUUCUUGGAAUAUGGCAUGUGAAGCACUCAGGCUAUCACCACCUGCUCAAGGAGCCUUUAGAGAGGCUAUAACUGAUUUCACAUAUGCAGGUUUUACCAUUCCAAAGGGAUGGAAGACAUUUUGGACUGUACAUGCGUCACAUAAAAACCCCAAAUACUUCGCAGAACCAGAAAAGUUUGAUCCUUCAAGAUUUGAAGGAAGUGGGCCUGCACCAUUCACUUUUGUACCCUUUGGAGGAGGACCUCGAAUGUGCCCCGGUAAAGAGUAUGCUCGACUAGAGGUGCUCGUUUUCAUGCAUAACAUAGUGAGAAAUUUCAGACUAGAAAAGGCAAUUCCAAACGAGAAGAUAGUAUUCCACGCAUCCCCUGUUCCGAUGAAUGGUCUCCCUGUUCGCCUCCAACCCCAUGAGAAAUAA